AUGGGCAGAGGCGUAGUAUUGGCAGGUUUCUUGGUCGUCGCAAUGCUGGCUUGCCUCGGAGGUGCGGCGGCGACGGAGUAUGUAGUCGGCGAUAGCCGAGGUUGGACCGCGUCGCCAAACAUCACUGUCGGGUAUUACGACGAGUGGGCCGCCGGCAAAACUUUCAUGGGCGGCGACACUUUGAAGUUUGUAUGGAAUGGGACACACAACGUCGCGAUCGUAUCAAGAGAAGACUAUGACAACUGCACAAAAGUGAUCUCGGUGUUCGAAGGCGGCGUCGCGUUCAGUAUCACACUUCCGGCGGACGCGAAUGGCCCGUACUAUUUCAUUUCCACCGUCGAUUCCGACUGCGAGAACGGGCAGAAGCUAGCCAUCAACGUCGUUAGCCUGACCCCGGCCGAGUCACCGAAUAGCUCGGCUUCCUCGAUCACCGUCGGCUACUUGUCCAUGCUAGUUCUCGUAUCAUCAAGCAUCGUCGCAAUGUUUAUGAACUAG